ACGCACACUCGAAUAACGAAUUAUCUUUUACCCAUUUCGACAUUCCUACUGCUAAAUACUAUUUUUAUUGCCUCCAUUUUAUAUUUUUCGACAUUUUACAAGGUACUUCUUUUGAUGAUCAUUGAUAAACCAUAACUUAUUGAUCAUUAACCGAGCAUAACUUGGACAGUCUCGUGCUUCGGUCGACCGGCAUUUCACUACGAAUUCUGCGUCUUGAAUAUCAUGAAUUGAGUGGAGACCCGCACCCCAGCUAUGACGUCAUCACUGCACCAGAUCGUCGCAAACAGCCUGUGGUUUGCGUUCGAUGCUCUGGACCAACACAAGCUUGGCGUCGUUGACAAAAGCAGGCUUAAGGAGCUGACGCGGCAGAUAGGCGACGCCCUGCACCUGGAGCGCGCCGUCGAGGGCUGCCUGGCCGACUACCGUAGCACUGAUACGCUCAACUUCGACCAGUACCUCCACUUCCUCGAGUAUGAGGUUUUCUCGGACGUGUGCUCGGCUGACACGCCCUACAGCAGCAUGGAGCGCCACCACGCUGCCCUGGACGCCCUCAUGUGGGAGGUGGGGCGGCACUCCCUCGCCCCACGCUUCCCCUCCCUCCUCUCGCCCCCCGAAACCUACAAGCUCUUCAGGGUCUUCUGUUUGCUAGCUGACAGGAUCUCCAUGGGCGGGGACCUGCAGCAGGUUUCGCUACGUCGGUGUGAGGUGUGCGAAGUGUGUCGCCAGCUGGUGGAGGGGCUCGGUCGUGACUGGGACUGGAACGACUGGCAGAUGGUGUCUGGUUCCAUCAGCACCUUCUCCCUGCCCGUCUUCCUCACCUUCAUCGAGGGAAGGUAUGGAGAGAACACCGAACCUUCGGCGCUCUCCGAAGCCGUCGAGUCGCUCUUCAGGAUGUUCGUUGGCCAGGCCAUCUUCCAGGGCCGAGCCUACCAGCGAAUCACUCGUGCGGGUGGUUGGUUGCGACGUGAUAUCGAGGUGACUCCUUGGUGUAUCAGAGCGUCCGGCGAGGUCGCGGAAGAACUCACCACGGAUGAUGUUAAGAGCCACACAGCAUCUCCUGGCAGACUUACUGCAGCAGUAGGUCGGUCGCUCACCCUGGGGCGUAACGCAGUGGGGGCCAUGCGCACAGGAGUUACUGAAGUGGUGGAAAGGUCCCGAACUCUAACCCGCAGUGGCUCCCCGGCGCCGUCCACCAAGUCCGAACACAAGACGAACGAUUCCAGUGGAAAACGUGGGCUUUCUUUAGGUCGUUGGGGUUCAGCGUCAGGUAUUAACAGCAAAAAAAGGAACGCUGAUCACAAAGAUUCCGCCAGUUUAGGAGGUCGGGAAUCCCCUGUCCCUCACGCGGAGGCACGGCGCAGCCAGACUUUGGACCGAGCCACUUUGCGGAGUGCCAAGAGCUCCGCCGCCCUCGGGUCCAGUCCUUCCCCUAAUAGAACUGCUGGGGGUAAGACUCUGUCGCCAAGGCCUGCGAAAGAAAGCACUAAAGGAAUCAUCGGCGGUGUCAUUGGGCGGGUCUGGAAAUUGGACAUUACGCCUGAGACGGAGGUGACGUCACUCAAAGAUUCCGCCUCUGGAAAGCCUUGCAAAAUAUCCAUCGUCAAUACGCCUACAGCGCGACCAAUCGUACUUGCUGCGCAAGAUCAUAAGAGCAAAGCAAGGCUCAUGGCUGCUCUGCAAGAAGCCAUCCUCCACUGCAAAGAUGCUAUGCCGUAUCAGAUGAGCGUCUCUGUGAGCCGUCGUGAGGAGGAGGCAGAGGAGGAGCUGAGGGCUUGUGAGGAGCGCAUCAGGAGGUCUUCUCAGGCCGACAUCAUCGAGCAGACGCAGGCUGAGCUCGCAGCUGAGAGAACCGUGAGCAAACUGCGCGAUUUUGAGUACAGGACGAGGAGAUCGUCAGGUGCGUGUACUAUUCGUCAGCAGGACGAGGAGAUCGUCAGGAACCUUCAGGCGCGGGUGCUGCGGGAGGAGUGGGCCAAGCGCGAGGAACUAGAGCGCCUACAGCAGGAGCAGCAGCAGCUGCUGGAGGAAGAGCAACGCAAGAGACGCGCCUUCGAGAUCCUGCAGAAGGAACAGGAGAAAAAACUCCGAGAGGCGGAGGCGCGUCUCAAGGCGCUGGACAGCGACCGCCGUCGUCUGGACGAGGAGCUGAGGGCGGCGCGGGAGAAGAUCGUCAUGUCGGGGCGCGGCAAGCAGCUACUCGAGGCAAAGAUGAAGGUGCAGGAGGGCCGUCGUCCGCCCAUCAGGACGCUGUCGCUGCGUCCGUCCCGACAGGAGCGCUCCUCCCCCGCCCGCUCCUCCUCCUUCACCACCUCCCCCCACCGCACCCUCCUACCCUCCCCCACCGCAACAGACAACAUGCUACCAGGUUCAGGCAUCACACCAGCGACGGGUUCAUCUCCUCCUAGGCAUGCCCCCCGCGAACACCCGUUUGCUAGGGGCAGUCUGUACCCUCGCAGGGCCCAAACUCCCGGGCACUCCGCCUCCAGCACCCCAGCCACCUCCCCUGCUGGAGCUAACGCCAAUCGCUCAAUUCUGGAUUACCUUGAGAGCGGAGGUAUGAACGGUAGUAGUGGUAAAGCCUCUCCUUCGGGCAGUUCAUCUAACAUAAAUAACUCCGGCAUUAAAAGCAUUCCUGAGCUGAAAAGUGAAGAGGAAGAAGGUCUUCAGGUGGUCGGUUGGAACGUCGCCGACGAGACCGGCGUCAACGGCGCGGAGGAGCCGCAAGAGAUCCUUGACACUUCUGAGUUGAAACCAGUCGAAGGAGGACUAAAAAUCCCGAAACUUUCCAUCACAUCGGAUGUGAGCGAAGCGGCUGAAGUUGAGAACUUUUACGAAGACGGGAAGAAAUACAUCGAAAUAAAGACCUAUCAAGAAAAGCAGACUCCUUCUGAUGAAAACAUAACUACUACUGUAACUACGGUGACCAAAACCAGUGACAUUGUCACUGCAGACGAAGACGAUGCGGAGGAGGGAUCAGUCGAUGGCAAGUUAUCACCGGACCUCAAUACGAGUGCUGAAAAUCAUGGAUCUGCAUUAACAGAUGAGAGUUUAAUCUCUCCCAUAACGAACUCAAUCGCUAGCACCUUGAUCGCUGUCGCAGCCGACCACAAUUCUGUGACGACUCAGAAUUAAGGCGCUACUUUAAACUGAGCGACUCAAUGAGAACGAAGCUUAGCCCUCGGUUCUUGCGUUAUAAUUCAUUCAAAUGGAGUUAAUUUUGUCAAUUUUGGCUGCUAAAAAUUAUUUUCUUGUGUCGUUAGGAUGUUUGAAUUGCCGAUUCAUACUGGCCGUCGUGUAUAAGUCUUCGGUUUAGACCUCUGGAAUCACACCCGGUACUGCCGGACCUCAAAAUCACAUUCGUAUUUAAGUCAAACUCAGCUGACAAACGAUGUUCGUUCAAGUUCAUUCUACCCACUCCUACUAUUAUAAUUUUUAAGUAUAUGAGUUCUUCGCGAAUCUUGAACAAGUUCACGCCAGGUUCAGAAAUGGAUUCUAAAAGAUAGUCAUUUUAGUUAUAUUAGGUCCCAUGUUGAUAUAUCGAAUAAUUAAACAGCUCUUAUAGGAAUGGAAUUUACUAUUUUACGUAAUCCGGAUAUAGAUUAUGCUUAUUAUGCAAGUGGGUAUUCGAACUACCAUGUUGCCACAACUUCCCUCCAUGAAAUUCAAGCAAUUUCUCAGCCAAAUUUGCAUACUUAAAACAAAUAGCUUCUUUAAAACGAAAAAAUUCUUAUGUACAAAGCAACGUGUCUGCGUGGACGAAAUGAACACAUACAUGAAAAACACAUACUCAUAGCUUAAUUAAUUUAAAUAAUAUAAUUUAUUAAUUAAUUGCUUUUCCAGCGGGAGCGUCUCAAUUUCCCGUCUCAAGUAUUCAACGGGUUUUCACUAUCAGCCUUAUAAUAAUAAUAAUAAUAGCGGUAUCAGCGUUUAUUAGACCGUAGACUU